AUCACCCAUCUUUAAAUUGCCGUUGAGGAGGUGAUGUUGGGCCUCUUUCUUGCAAUGCUGAAAUCCAUGUGGUGUUGGAUCCAGUACACUACUGCGAAGUUCCAUGGGAUGUUUUACUGCAAAAUGAAAGUUGUUGUCUCGUCAUGACACAACUUCCAAUGGGAAUUAAAAGUUGGCACCUCUGUUGUAAUACACUGGAGUAUCAGGCGAGAUGAUAUGCUCAAAUGGGGGUUAUAUAUUGGUUUAAGGGAAACAGAUAAGGUUACACGAAAUGCUACUUUUUUGUUACAGAAUCUAAAGAAAUUGUUCUGGUGAUUUCCUUUGAAGUAAAUAUGAAGUUUUACUUUUUAUGGAUGUACUUCAUGCUGAUCUCCUACCGACAAGAGGUGAAGUGUUGCCAACAGUCUCAGUUUUUAUAUAACGGAAACUGCUGUGACAUGUGCCCUGCAGGCACUCAAUUGGUAGCCUACUGUGGAGCGACUCUCCAAACAGAAUGUAGGAGAUGUAGGACUGGGACAUUCACUGAUCAAAUGCAUAAUUUAAGAGCAUGUUAUCACUGUCUGUCUUGCCAUGGAGGAACAGAUACAACAGAUAUUACGUGUGAGCAGUGUCCUCCUGGAUCAUAUUCAGAUACACCUACAAUUACAAGGAAAUGCAUGCCAAUUACUGAUUGUCGUGCAUUAGGUAUGGUUGUGACAGUGGGAGCAACAAAAGCAAAAAAUGCCAAGUGCAUAUACGCAGAAGCUAUUGUUAUACCACUUGUAGUAUUAGCAAUAAGCUCCGCUGCAGGAGUUAUAUUCUGGAAUGGCCAAUGGGUGAGAUGUGAAGGGAACAGCGAGCAUGAUGGUUCAGAUAUUAUCCAGGAUGAAAUAGAAAAACAAGAAAAGACCGUGGAAAGUAAAAAGGAAAGUCAGCCAGCAAUUGAUGAACAAACUCAAACUAAGAGGGAAUCAAUUUCUACAGAACAGUCUAGUUACAAUAUGGAGGAAGAACAAACAGAACUGAGACCAUUCCCAACCUCUAACAGUAAAUAUGGCACAUUUUACGGAACUAAAAUCCCAUGGUUUCACAUGCAAAUUAAUAAGCAGUUGAUGGAGGUUGGGUGCUUGCUGGGAAAGUGGGGAUCAGGGGUGCCUGACUUCUGUCCCUUAACUCAAAUGGAUAAAAACAUCAAGCGCUCCCCGGCCACAAAUUCCUGACCAGUGCCUCCUUUCAAUACUCAAAAUUUAAAAUUGAAUGAGAAAGAGCCAGUUUGAAAAGCAUUAAUAGUAAUUCUUUUUCCAAUAACAAACUGGCCCAGAAAUUGCUGGAGUGGCGAAUCUCGUGGCAGGUGGUCUUAAUUGUAUCUUUACCUGACCGUUCACUUUGCAUUUAUCUUUAAUAUGCAAAUUGCUGGAACAUCGAAGUGAUUAUGAUGCAAUGAUGUCACUGUUGCAUCUGGGACCUCAUGAACGUGCUGCCCGAUGGCUUAUCCCACUGACAGAACCACAUGGCACCAUAAAAAGCUAAAAGCAGAUGCCUAGCUCAGUUAAGGUUCGAGAUACUCAGAGAAAAUGCCUCGAGGUGAACAAUAAUAAAAGAUUGCAGAAUCUUUGGGGUUAAGGAUCUCUGGGGUUAAGGAUCUGCGUGCCAUCCUUCAGGAAGUGGAGAGGAGGGAUGAGCAGCAGCUGGGGACUGAGGUCAAGGACUCCUUGCAAGAUUAGCAUGUUCAUACGGAGGAAGGUGGAGGAGGGUGAACAAACCCAAUAGCAUCACAGACGUUGGGGGCUGUUAGAAAAAUUAGUACGAUCUGACCACGACAGGCAGGACCCACAGCAACCUGAGAAGGUGGGAACUACAGGAGGCACUGAGGCAGUGCCUGAGGAAGAGGAGCAGAACAGGACCAGGAGGAGGAGGCUAUCUUCACCCCAGUGGGGAGGGAAUAGGGCAAAUGAAGUGGCCUAGGCACUGUGCAUCGUUAAGGUGCUAAUGUGGAGAGGAAUUAUUUGACUGCGACCAACUUCCCCACAUCACCCAAUCUGGGAACCCACCCUCCUCUCCAAUUCCUGGACCUUCUGGCUGUAUGACACAUGCACUUCCUUCCUCACAGCACAGAGGGCAUGUUUUGAAGGGACUCAUUGUCUGCGCCUGGUCCAUCAGGUAAGGAGGCACCUCUGAGAAAAGAGGGAAAUGCAUACCGAUCCCCUGGAAAAUGGGAUAGAUGCCAGGCCUGACUUAAGCAGGGCUGGUGGAGGUCGACAGGCAUCUAAGAAUGAGAAAGCGAAUGAGUGAAGAUGUCCACUACCUUUUGGGUCCAUUAACCACAACAUGAUGCUCCUCAAUCAUUUGAUAGGCCAGAAACUGGACAUCCUUUGCCAUCCUUUAAAUUAUUUGCCACAAAUACUACAGAACUGUAACUAGUGCCUGUCUCCCCUUUUAUUGCAGCACCAAAUGCUAUGGGGACAGUCCAAGGCAAAUUAGACGUGCUGCUGAGUAGUAGGAAGGCAGCAGUUCAGAGGGGCACUUCCUUACACUCCCAGGCUUGGUGGCAUGCACAAGCUUUGCAGGAUAUGGCUGCUGAGGGUGAUUCUCCAAUGAUGCAGCUGCAUGAAUCAUUGUCCAUCCAGUUCCCAGAACAACACCAUGAUGCAGAGGCACAGGGGUUUAUGGAUGUGGAGGGGCAAGGAAUAGGACAAUGCACAGCUAUUCAUUCUGAUCUGCAUUCAUUUGUUAAAUAUUGUUGCUUGAACUGUUGCACAAAAUAAAAUCACCAUUUU